GGGCAAAUGCAAAUUAAAAAAACCACAACCACAACCACCCAACACCAAUCAGGGCGAUGUUUCUAGUGGGCUCUUCCUGAGCAUUGGUAGAAACUGCUUUUUUAAAUCUCUGUUUUUAUGCUCAUUCCAAGGUCUGUUAAGGGAGUGGGUUGGGGGAAGAGGCAGCACUAUAUAAAAGAAGCUGCCUUGAGAUUUCUAAAAUUCAUGCAAAAACUUCCUUGUAAGGAAACUUACCAUACUUUGGCAUCUGCAGUGAUGGACCCAGAAGCAACCUCCGUUUAUAUGGAUUAUUUCUAUGCCACAGGCCAAAGUCCUGAUGAUAUGGAGGAGACCCAGUCCCAUGUUCCUUACACAUCUGUUUUCCUGCCCGUCUUUUACACAGCCGUGUUCCUGACUGGAGUGCUGGGGAACCUGGUCCUCAUGUGUGCACUGUAUUUCAAACGGGGCAGCCGAAGACUGAUGGACAUCUUUAUCCUGAACCUGGCCGCCUCUGACUUCAUUUUCCUUGUCACGUUGCCUCUCUGGGUGGAUAAAGAAGCAUCUUCAGGACUGUGGAGAACAGGCGCUUUCCUGUGCAAAGGCAGUUCCUAUGUGAUCUCAGUCAACAUGUACUGCAGUGUCUUCCUGCUCACCUGCAUGAGUGUUGACCGCUACCUGGCCAUUGUGCACCCAACCGUAUCCAGGAAAUUCAGAAGGAAAGACUGUGCCUAUGGAGUCUGUGCCAGUGUCUGGUUUAUCUCCUGCCUCCUGGGGUUGCCUACGGUUCUGUCCAGGGAGCUCAUCCUGAUUAAUGAUAAGCCAUACUGUGCAGAGAAGAAGGCCACUUCAGUUAAACGGACUUGGGCCCUGGUGUCCUUAAUUUUUACCUUUUUUGCCCCUUUGGUGAGCAUUGUGACCUGCUACUGUUGCAUCACAAGGAAGCUGUGUGUCCAUUACCAACAGCCAGGAAAGCAUAACAAAAAGCUGAGGAAAUCUAUAAAGAUCAUAUUUAUUGUUGUGGCAGCCUUUGUCUUCUCCUGGCUGCCCUUUAAUACUUUCAAGCUUCUGGCCAUUGUCUCCGGGUUUCAGCAAGAUCUCUACUCUUCCUCGUCUUUUCUCCAAUUGGGCAUGGAGGUGAGUGGGUCCUUGGCAUUUGCCAACAGCUGUGUCAACCCUUUUAUUUACUAUAUCUUUGACAGCUACAUCCGCCGGGCUAUUGUGCACUGCUUGUGCCCUGGUCUGAAGAACUAUGACUUUGGGAGCAGCUCUGAGACAUCAGAUAGUCACCUCACGAAGGCUCUGUCCAACUUGGUUCAUGCAGAGGAUUUUGCCAGAAGAAGAAAAAGGUCUGUGUCACUCUAAAAGGGUGUGUGACUUUUCAAGAUCUGUUGGUGGAUGGGAGAGUUCAUUUGGUCAGCGACAAAGACAAAAGA